GCGUGUGAAUAAGGUGAUUUUCUUGCUGAGUAAGCGACUUUAUUUAAGACGCAACUGGAAGCUCUUUCCGGCAAACUGCUAUUAGUGCUGAACCAUGAAUACCAACAGCAAUCCCAAUCGUAUCCGAACUCUGAGCAGAGGCAUCCGUGGUCGUGGAGGAGUUCAGCGGGGUACCGUUGCCCAACGGGGCCCUGCUGCAGGUCCUGCACGAAGCACCUAUGGACCGCCUGCCAGGCCGCAGCAGGCAGGGGCCCCUCAAGGAGGUGAAGUUGACGAAUUGCUCCGCUCCCAUGAGCAAGCUCUAGAUAAACGACGGCGCGAGGUUGGCAUUCGGUAUGAACGGCCUAUCCGUCCAGGGUUCGGCACCCUCGGAGACCCGGUCACACUGACUGCCAAUUUCUUCGCAUUGAAGAUUACAAAUUCACUUGUUAAUACGUAUCAUGUCAAAGUCGAACCGGCCCGGAACGCCAAGGAUGUUCAGCGCCGUCUCCUACGUUUACUCGAGGAGACCGAUGACCAGCCUUGGCAAAGUGUCAAGUCAUUCGUGGCAUUUGAUGGGAGAGAAACACUGGUAUCUGCGAAGGAGUUGCCCCAACCCAUGCAGAUUUCUGUGAGCUUCUUCGAGGAAGGGGAGACGCCUAGUCCAAACUCGCCAGAAUAUACCGUCUCCUUCCAACUGCUUCGCAAAUGGGAGAUGAGCGAACUAAACAAGUACCUGCACUGCGACGCCGACGUUGACAUUUCCCCGCUCAUAUCUGCAUACAACAUUGUUAUUCAACAACAUGCAUCCUCCACUGCGACUCGAGUCGGAAACAGCCGCUACUUCGGGUUCCCGGAUUACAAGGCAAAUGAGCUCUCCCCCGGGCUUACGGGUUUGCAGGCAUUAAGAGGCUUUUUCUUGUCUGUGAGGCCCGUUUUUGGAGAGUUAAUGGUCAAUGUUGGUGUGUGCAUGACACCGUUCUACAAGCCCAUUGGACGGCUGGACUUGGCGUACAAUGAAUCCGCGGAUCGUUCCAAGGGCGCAAUUCCGCAGCGGUUUGCUCAGAAUGUCAAAGUGACCACCACGUAUCUUGGUUACACCAAACGUCGCACGUUGUUACGGAUCACGUCGUCGUCUGCAGAAAAAACGACAUUUCUCAAGGAUGGACGCCAAAUUUCAGUCGCCCAACAUUUUCAGGAAGCGCACGAUAUAGCUCUGAAACGUCCCGAUCUCCCACUUGCUGACCUCGGGACAGAGAGGAGGGCGGUCUAUGUCCCCCUGGAGCUGUGUACCAUCGAGUCGCAACCAUUCAGAGGUCUUCUUGAUGAUCGAGAGACUACGAAGAUGCUGAAUCACGCAUGCCAGCCUCCAGCUGCCAACUUUGAAGAGAUAAUCAAACGAGGAUUACCCUCGCUUGCUUUGACUAAACCCAAGGCGAGCCUUCUGGACAAGUUCGGCAUAUCGAUCAGUCAGACGAUGACCGAUAUUCCCGGACGAGAGCUGCCUCCGCCCAAAAGUCUACUAUAUCGUUCCAGUUCUCUUGCCAUACAGCCGGCAAAAGGAAGUUGGAACCUCGCGAAUGUGAAGUUCCACACUGGGGCUUCCGUUGCCAAAUGGGCGGUGGUCGUCGUUGGCACGUCUAGGGACGAAGACGUGUCCAAAGUGUGGAAAGGGUUCAAAGAAGGUUGUCAGAAUUCGGGAAUGAUGUUUGACGAAUCGCCCCCGACUAUUGCCAGAACAUCCCAACUGCCCCGACAGUCUCAGGACAGGGAUCGGUCUAAGGAUAUAAAGGAAAUCAAGCAGACCAUUCAGGACAUCAGCAGGGACAACCCUACGUUUGUGCUGGUCCUCUUACCUUUCCGUGACACGAAGCUAUACCCCGGUGUCAAACGCAUCUGCGAUGUCGAGCUCGGGAUACAUUCUGUCACGAUUGUCCUGGACAAGAUCUUGAAAUCCAAGGGUCCGCAGCAGUACUAUGCUAAUAUCGCCUUGAAGCUGAACCAGAAACUCGGGGGCAUCAAUCAUACUCUCGAUGCUAAAAGCACACGCUGGCUCACUACGAAGAGCACGAUGCUCGUGGGCAUGGAUGUUACCCACCCUGGACCUGCCAGCAAGGCAGGCACUCCAUCCAUCGCUGCAGUCGUCGCCACUAUUGACGAGACUUUCGUGCAAUGCCCUGUAAGUUUGAGGUGUCAGAAGUCAAAGCAAGAGAUGAUAGACGACUUAACGGAGAUGAUGCUAGAAAGACUGAGAGCGUAUAAGAAGACUAGUGGUUCCCUUCCAGAGAGAGUUAUCGUCUACAGAGACGGUGUCUCAGAGGGUCAAUUUGACACGGUGCUCGAGCGCGGCUCUGAGAAGGACAAGAUACUGGAUGCCUUCAAGGCCAUCCAAAAGGAAACCGAGGGUCUUGCAGAGUAUCGGCCCCAUUUGAGUAUCAUCAUUUGUGGGAAACGGCACCACGCGCGCACCAGGCCGACAAACUCAAAGAACGAGAGCCGAAACGGAAACACGCGCCCUGGAACAGUUUUCGAUCGACGCAUCACUGCCGUUUUUGAUUUCGACUUUUAUUUGCAAGCUCACGAUGGGCUCAAGGGUCACGUGCGACCUACGCACUAUACAGUUGUCUACGAUGAGAAUGGUUUCAGCGCCAACGACAUACAACAGGGCACGCAUACCGCGAGUUACUUAUAUGCCCGUGCCACCAAGGCGGUGAGCCUUGUCCCCUUGGCGUAUUAUGCUGACCUGGCAUGUGAGCGGGCGCGGUGUUACCUUGAAGGAUUUCUCAAUUCGGAGCAGCCCCCCGCGUCUGGUUCCUCAAGUAAGAAAGGAGGAGGGAAGGGUAAAGGGAAAGGCGUAGCGAAAGAGGCGGCAGACGAAAGAGAGGCGGCGAAGCAACGUGUUUACGAUGCUGCUCUUCAAGCAUGGGGUAAUGGGGUCCACGCCAAUUUGAAGGAGAUGAUGUUCUAUAUCUGAAGAUGGACGACUUGAUUCUGCAUAAGUAGUACUUGCGUUAUCGUGUCUGCCUUGUGUGGAUGUGUGGAUGUGCCUGACAAUUGAAUAUUGCCAUUAAGGCCGC